AGGGGGGAAGAGGCCGGCGGCAAGCUGCAGGGAAAGCUCAUGGGUUCACCCAAAAUUGGAGGAACAAGAGCAAUUAAAGUAAACCCAAGGCAAUUCAAAGCUAGAGAAGGGAGAUUCAUGGCUAUUUCUUACCAAAAACCGAAGCAAUUUGCCCUGACAAACAAGAGCAGCUGGUGGACAGUAGAGGGAAGAGCAGAGAAGAUCUGGAAGCUUCCUGCAGGGGGGAAUUUCUGGCGGGAAGAAGAAGAAGAAGAGCAGAAUCGGGUUGAGCAGAAAGAGGAAAAGGAGAAAAAGAAAUAAGCCAUCCUUAUCCAAAUUUUCCUCUUUUAAGUCCCUCAGCUUUCAGAAUAUUCACAUUAGGCCCCAACAUAAUAUUUUUCCACAAUUCAGUACCUAACUCACUUAUUUAUCCUAGAAAUUUUUUGGGGUAUUACAGUAUACCUAUUGAUCUUCUUGAUUUUUGACUUUUGUUCAUAUGGACACCUCUUUAGGAGGGGUGAUGAUUAUUAGAAAUACCUAUAUGAGGCAUCCUAAUUCUUGUCUCUUGCAAGUGUUAAUCUUUGUAUUCUUGAAGUCUUAGCUUUGAUUUGACUCUAGGAUGUCUAGGAUGACUUGGUUGUAAAUCUGCUUAACCUUCAUGAGCUAUGAGGUGAAGGGGUAGUUUUUGAAGUACCUGAUGCCCUAGAGUUUUAUUCCAGGUGAAAUGGUUCUUUUAUCUGACUGCUUUGAUUUUUGUUUGCCUUUUUAAUUAGAAGACAGUAAUCUUCUAAGCAUCUUGAUCCUAGCCAUUGCUUUGUUCUGUUAAUUAAUUCUAGUACUUGAGGUGCUAGAUCUUGACAUCCUGAUUAUAUCUGCUCUUGAAUCCGUGUUCUGGUUGUCAUUAUUGAAAACUCUUUUGUGGGCCUAAUCCUUGGAUUUUAUUGCUUGUUUCAUGGUUAACUCUUGUCUCUCAAUUUUGAUUGCUUGGUUAAAUUUGAUCUUGAUUCAUGGUGAAUGCCAUUUUGUUGUUGAAUUUUUGAGGCAUUCUACCUUACACUCUCAUGUUUUAGUAUUCUUCCAAGCAUUCAUAUUUUCCACUGUUUUCAUUUUGGUGCUAUUUUGGAAAUUUCACGUCAUUUGAUGGGUCUAGCUUUUAACUCUUGUUAAUUGCUAAAAUUUGUCUCUUGAUUCUAGUUGUUUUGUUAAACAUGAUCUUAUUGGUUAACCUUGUUUUGUAACAUAAUGUAUAAGGCAUCCAUGCGCUUGUUCAUUCAUUCAUGAUCAAUAUAUCUAUUGGAUGCUU